AUGUUGUCCCCUUCCAAGCCCCAUGCGCAUGGAGAACACACGACACACAAGCGCGCCGCAUCGAAUGCAGUCGAGGCGUUGCCUUCCAUGCCCCAUGCGCAUGAGAAGCAUCGCCAGAGCUGCGACGAAGUUCGCCUGGUAAAGCUGCAGAAGUUCUUGACGGCCGUCGACCGGAAUCCAAAGCGGUUGGAGAAGAUGAUUGCAGCGCGCCGGAGGUUCUUUGGUCUUUCAGCCACUGAUCACACAACUUCAAGCAAGACCAGUAUGGGUCAUCUCAACCCCGAUUUCAAGUCGGAUGACGAUUGCUCUGUGGACCAACCAACAAUUGCAAUCCCGCAUGUUUGCGGGGACCGGGCGUGCAAUCGACGCACGGUAAGCCUUUAA